AUGCUGGGUAUGUAUGUGCCAGACAGAUUUUCUCUGAAGUCGUCCAAGGUCCAGGAUGGAAUCGGUCUGUACACGGCGAGGCGAGUGAAAAAGGGGGAAAAGUUUGGUCCUUUUGCAGGUGAGAAAAAGCUGCCUAGUGAGCUGGAUGAGAGUUCGGACACCAGGCUGAUGUGGGAGGUUCGAGGCAAUAAGGGAGAUGUGCUUUAUAUUCUGGAUGCCAGUAACCCACGCUAUGCCAAUUGGCUGCGCUUUGUCCAUCAAGCACCUUCGCAAGAGCAGAAAAACUUGGCAGCCAUUCAGGAUGGCGAGAAUAUCUUCUACCUGGCUGUGGAUGACAUUGAGACAGACACGGAGCUCCUGAUAGGCUACCUGGACAGUGAUAUGGAGGAGGAGGAAGAGGAGGAAGAGGAAGAAGUGAUUAAAGAUGAAGAUGAGAAUAGCAAAGAUGCCAAGCACCUUGUUGAAAUGGAACUGGUGAUAAAGAAGGAGGACCACCCCUGCUUGCUGUGUGAGAGCAGUUUCCCCAGUGAAGAGAUCCUGGCGGCCCACCUUCAGAGCCUGCAUCAGAGACCCAGCACAGAGGAGAAGGAGUUCAAAUGCAGGAACUGUGGCAAGAAGUUCCCUGUCAAACAGGCUCUGCAGCGCCAUGUUUUGCAUUGUUCUGAGUCACUUGGCCCAACAGGAGACUCGAAAGCGCACCAGUGCUCAAUAUGCCACAACACAUUCAGCUCAGAAUCCAGUUUUGAGCAGCAUAAAGAAGCCUGUAAAGGAGACGCCAGAUUCAUCUGCAAGGCAGAGAGCUGUGGCAAAAGAUUCAAGAGCAAGGAUGCUCUGAAGAAACAUAAAGGGAAUGUUCACACAGGAAGUGCCCGGCGGAAACUCACAUGUACCAUAUGCAACAGAAAAUGCUCUUCCUCGCUGAAUUUACAGGAACAUCGCAAGGUACAUGAAAUAUUUGGCUGCCACGCAUGUGACAAGAAGUUCAUUUCUACAAAUCAGCUGAAGCGCCACAUGAUCACGCAUUCUGAGAAGCGACCGUAUACCUGUGAGAUUUGCAAUCGGUCGUUCAAGCGUCUGGACCAGGUGACUGCGCACAAGAUCAUCCAUAGUGAGGACAAACCAUACAAAUGUAAGCUCUGUGGCAAAGAGUUUGCCCACCGUAAUGUCUACAAGAAUCAUAAGAAGACUCACUCGGAGGAGAGGCCUUUCCAGUGUGAGGAGUGCAAGGCCCUCUUUCGCACUCCUUUCUCUCUACAGCGCCACCUACUCAUCCACAAUAGUGAGCGGACAUUCAAGUGUGACCAGUGUGAUGCCACCUUUAAGAGGAAGGACACACUCAACGUCCACAUCCAGGUGGUGCAUGAUGGUCAUAAGAAGUAUAAGUGUGACCUGUGUGAGAAGGCCUUUGUCACGCCAUCUGUCCUCAAGAGCCACAAAAAGACCCACACAGGGGAGAAGGAGAAGAUCUGCCCGUACUGUGGACAGAAGUUUGCCAGCAAUGGCACGCUAAGGGUCCACAUCCGCAGCCACACAGGUGAGCGCCCAUACCAGUGCCCCUAUUGUGACAAAGCAUUCAGCAAGAACGAUGGCCUGAAGAUGCACAUCCGCACCCACACCCGUGAGAAGCCAUAUAAAUGCAGCGAAUGCAACAAGGCCUUUAGUCAGAAGAGAGGAUUGGAUGAGCAUAUGAGGACCCACACAGGAGAGAAACCUUUUCAGUGUGAUGUUUGUGACCUGUCAUUCAGCCUGAAGAAGAUGCUUAGCAGACACAAACUCACACACAACCCAAACCGGCCCAUGGCAGAGUGCCAGCUGUGCCAUAAGAAGUUCACCAGGAACGACUACCUCAAAGUGCAUAUGGAGAACGUCCAUGGAGAAACGGAGGGCUGA